AUGACGACGACGACGAAACGCGCGGCAGGGGUUGUCGCGCGUGUUGUGCAACGAGCGAUGGUGACGUGCACCACCUCGCCUCGUCCUUCUUCUUCUUCUUCUUCUUCUUCGUUGUGGUAUUCGACGACGACUUUCGUCCCCACUCGGGAGAAUUUAAACGUCAGGACGGAAUUCCAAUCGUCGUCACCAUCGAGAAGCGCAACGACGCCAAAAGGAAAUAGGAAGAUAAAAGGAGAGCAUUUGGAUUGCGCGGUGGUCGACGCGAUGAGCGCGCGAGAGAUGGUGUUUUUUCGUCCUCGGUGCUCGGAGCAAGAUGCAACGACAAGUUAUUCGAACAGCAACACUAGAGAGCAACAAAAGGGAAGGAUAGCGAUGCCCUUCGUCGUCGCCGGGGCGGCGAUUCCAUCUGUGCACGACGAGAAUAUUAGCCGUGAGAUAGUGAACAACGUUAAUGUUGAUGUAGUCGAAGACGCGCUGAGGAGGCUGGAAAUAGCGUUUCCUCCGGCUUCGACGAGUACAGAGGAGAACUUUGGGGACGAAGAGAACAACAACGGGAUGUGGUGCAAAACGCACCUGACGUAUCAGCCGUCGAAUCUAGUGAGGAAACGAAGGCACGGGUUUUUAGCGAGGAAGAGGACGGUUGGUGGCAGACGAGUGCUCGUGCGUAGAAAAGCAAAGAAGAGACGAAAGAUGUCGGCGUAA